AUGGACCCGGAUGCUGAGUUCAACUCGUUAACUGGACUUUAUCAAAGUGUUGUUCAUGACAUGAAAGUGGGUAAUUUUGACUGUAACUUUUUCUCCUUUUGUAUUUUUGUAGUGAGUAUCUUAGUUACAUCUAAGCUCCAUCAAGGAUAAAUAGUUAUAAUCGGAUUAAAAAAAGUGGGAUAUUGUUAAAGUUGUGGAGCGAUUCAAGGUUAAGCGGGAAAUUUUCUAGAAAAAAAUGUUGGUCACGGGUUUUUUUGGCUUUUUUUAUUCUAUAUCUAUAUAUUAUUUUUUUGAAGCGGUUAAUAUUUUUGAACUAGAGUUUUUUUAACUUCACUAAGAAUAACUGCCGAGAUAAACGCGAGACACUGGCGGUACAUUGACGAGCUCGCAAACAUCUCGCUUUUUUUCUCGCGCCGGCCUCGCAUUUUUCUGGGCGCGAGCUCGCAUUUUUCUAGGCGAGAGCUCGCAUUUCUCUCGCAAUUUGAAAAUUUCCGAAAUGCAAGAUAAAUGCGAGAUGGCGCCGUGAAAAAUGCGAGGUCGCGCCGAGAGAAAUGCUCGAUCGCGCCUAGAAAAAAGCGACAUUUUUGCGAGUUAGUCAAUGUACCGCCACCGAGCUCGCAUUUAUCUCGGCAGUUAUUCUUAGUGUUAGUGAAUCCUGAAAUUUUUUGACACAGAGUGAGGAUUGUCGAUAACUGAGAAUCAAAAAUUUUCUUUUCAGCAAACCUAUCCUGGUUGGGAAACCGUGAGUCUGAAAGCAAUCAAGUUGGCUUCGCAGAUAAAGGUGAAUGAGAGAAGGAUUUCUCGCAUUAAUUCGUACUUUGAAGGUCACAGCCCAGUAUCUCUGUUCAUUCGUCGACGCUAUUCAAAGUGUGAGCGACCACGCUAAUAAUUUAAAAGGUCCGUGGAACUAUAACAAUCGAAUCAGUUUUGAUUUGAUUCGAAAAUGAGGGAAUUCGAAUUCAGGAGCCUCGCGAGACGUGGGAGCUUGCGUCACUCGAGUUUGCAUCCGAGAACGAGCUCUGGAAAGUCGACUGCGAGCCUGGGCAGACGCUCUCAGCGACGAGAUGGCCGUCAGCCUACAGCAACGCGCCGCCUACUGGAAAUCGCGGACCAGUGAGCUGGACAAGGCUGCCUCGAAACACGUGAAAAAAGUUGGAUCCGCAGCAGGCUCCCAGCAUACCGUAAACCUCAGGUCCGUUCUCGGAAACAUCGACCAGACCCCAACGCGAUGAACGAACAGCGUGCUCUCUGCACCCAAAUUCUCGCCGAACAACGUGCUCAGUUUGCUUUCUUCACGGGUACCUUGAUGCCAGUUUUGGUUUGAAGUCAUUAGUGAUUGCUUAGAAAUAGUCACUUUAGAACGCUCAAAUCGGUGCUCUAGAUGAAGGUUCUCAUAUUAGACAGGUGGUGGAAAGCUUGGAUAGCACUGUGAAAGUUUGUUUGCCAUCCGGUGUGCAUCUCCUCGUUUCGGCUUUCAGCAUGUGGACACGGAGAAGCUCAUCUCAACAAUUGUUUCCGACGUUUGUCAAGGUGCAGACAGCGCUUGGCGUGAAUGUUUGGCAGCGGCUGGUCAAAAGUGGGAGUGAGACUGUUGUUUGGCGACCGUUGAUGCCUCGAUUUUAAGGGCAUCUGAGGAAAUUUAUUCGAUUGGGUCCAUCCGAGAUCUCUCAGCUUUCAAUACGCCUACCUUAAUUUCAAGAGGUUUUACAUCUUUUUUUUUGUUGCGAGUAAAUCGGAAAAUUUCAGAUGAUCAUUCUGACACGUUUUCCAGAGUCAGCGGCGACUUCAAGGACCGCUACAUUCAGGAAAACAGAGAGUUAGUUUUUAAGAGUAUACAUUUUCUAUCCGUUUCUUUCAAUGUUCUAGUUAUUUAGCAGUUUUUUUUUGUUCCAAUCGUAUUUUUCUCUUACUAGGGAAUGGUCUCAGCGUCUUCUGAAUGCAACUAGGUUCACUAGAUCUAGUUUUUUACGCUUAUUUCGAACUUGCUAUCAAAAGAUUUUCAAAGCUCCGACAAAAAUGAUUAGUGAUGUUGUAGGUUCGUCCCCAAGCUACAAAAUUUUUUUGAAAUUGUUUCUUCUCUUGUUUAAAUUUUCGUUGAAGUGCUAUUUCUGAGUUUUGAAUACAUCAAAAAACUUUAUGUAGAAAGAUAAUAGGUUUCAUGUUAUCCUCUAAAAAUGAACUCAAUCGAAGAAAUUUUAAGUUUUCGAGAGCUCUCAACUUUUUCCAGAGACCUCGAUGCCAACUUUUGAGGAAAGAAUGAGCCUAUAAAAUUACAUCUAGUAAUCUUAGUCUGAUUCAGAAGUCCCACUGUGAGCUGAGACUAUGCUCUGGUUGGACUGCAACUGUGCCUUUGAUUAUGUUUUUCAGAGUACGAAUUUUUAGACAUCUUUAUAAAAAUUUUGUUAACGGUUUCUCAAUAUUCGGUUUAUAGAAGGCGCUAUCGCUCACCGUUGAACAGCUCGUUCAUUCCGCCUGAACCGUCAUGCAAAGACGUUGGCGAAAGCUGUGCCCUCAACGGCUUCGGCAAACCCCCGCUGCAACGUCGCACUAGUGAACGAAGCCUUGGAACUGUAAGUAAUCCGCUUAUUUUCUCUAUAAAAAUUUGGAUAGGCUUCCAUUUCUUCGCAGAACGAUAGUUCCUAUUCGACGGUUUUGAAUAAUGUGAGUGAAGAAAGACAGCGGAUGUUCCAGUCAAAUCUUCCUCCUCCGUAUCAUCACGUCAUCCAACAGAGGUAAUCUCAUAGGUUUUUUUAAAUGAAUAUUCAGCACUUUUCUUGUUUUUGGUAUGGUUUAGGAUCCGAAAAUACGGCAUUUCUUGAAAUAGCAUCAUUUAGAGUUUCACUUUUGAGUACACCAGCAAAAAAACUUAAUUAAAAAAAUAUUACAAGCUUUCUUUUUGAGUUAUUUGUAAAAAAAUCUGGAAAUUUUUGAAAUAAAAAAAUUUUUUUUCUAUAGCUUUCUAUAGAGGUUUCGAUUUGGAAUUCUUCUCUAUUUUCAGAAGUACCGAGCAAAUCAAUGGAAGGAACGCUAUACAACGUCCUCAAAGCUUUGGCGGCGCUCUCCGAGUCAACUACACAACGGUAGUUCGCUCGAAAUGUCAUUCUACAAUUUUGGACGUUUUAGCCGUCUUCCUGCCUCGGCUCGACUCCCAUCUUUACGAAUCCUAUGUCGAAUUCUUCUUGUAGUAGCUCCGACGCAGCUUCGUCUUCAGCGCUUCUCAUAGCCGAAACUGUUCAUCAAAUAGGUUUCGCACACCUGAAUAUGUCGAAUUUUUAUUAUUCUUGCAGAUCAACUCGGAAGUGACCUUGAAAACUAUUGUGCGAUGAGUGAUUCGCGUCUUCAAAGACAACCGUCGCUCUCGAACGUUUCACGGUCCGAUGGCUCCAGGACGGGUGCUUUCCCAUUUGGUUUUCUCUUCUUAUAGUUGGUUUUUUAGUGGAGGACUUCUCCGGACCUCGAAAUAACUUCAACAUCCCUAGUCAGCAGGGGAACAAUCUCGGAACUGUCAGGAUAAGAACAGGUGAGAAAGUUCCGAGUGAAGCCAAAGUCAUGCCUCUUUCUAGCUUCUUCGGGCUCUUCAAGACCUCCUCCGCCUACGCGAAGGUCCAGCCAGAUAACUGCAGCCACGCCUACAGCUCCGUCGGUCGCCGAGACAAGGCUCAGUGCAAACUCCAUCAUGGGUUAGUAAAUAUCAAGAUAUCAAUAAUAAAAAGAAAUAAGUUCAGAGUUUAAAAAAAAUAACGUUAAAAAAUUGACGGUACUCUAUUUGCCACGACUUUGAAACAAUCUGACCGCUCUGCGUUCUCGUUUUCCUCUUGACGAGAAAAUAGAUCUUGAACGGCCCAGAAAAAAUCUGCAACUAACUAAGAAAAUAGAAAGUAAAAACGGAAACUAGACUUUUUGUGUGAUAGAUCCUCUCCGAAUGUCUGAAAAUUUUCUCUGAUUAAAUUGAAUUUUUCCAGGUAGUCGUCAAUCACUGAAUUCUACUGCUCUGUAUAGUCAAAACGGCUCUACUCUCGACUUGUACAUGUCUGCAGCUCCGAACAGAGCGGACAAUUAUAGGAUAUGA